GUGUCAACCAUACACCUGUCCACGGUUAUUGUACGGACGAUUCAUGGCUUAUGAAAAACACACCGUGGGAAAUAUAAGCCUCGCUCUUCUUGUUAUUGGUUUGUUAAUGCUAGUCACUGGAAUACUGAGUUUCGUGUUCGCAACAGUCACGGGAUGGCCAAGAGCUUUCACGCCGUUAUGGACGGCAAUUCUGGCUAUCGCGAUUGGUAGUGUUGGACUCCAUGCAUCGAGAAAUGACAGGGUAUACACAAUUAGCAAGUUUUUCCGAAUAUCCAACAUGGUGUUAAUAUUUUCUUCAAUUGUAUGCUUUAUAACUGUAAUCACCGACCUAGUCCGAGGGACGGAUGAGUUCGUCUUUGAAACACAUAUAGCUGGGGUAAUACUGUUCUCCAUACUUGUGGCGCUAGCCUUCGCGUCGCUGAUCACAUCAGGUAUCGCCGUCAGCAGCAGAGCAAAUGUACCGGAGAGGGUAGUUGUUAUUCAAGGACCCCUACCACAUGUAUACACAUCAACAUCGCCACCAAUCGUUACAAAUGAACCUGCAUUUACGUAUUCAUCACAACCAUCGGUACCACAGCAGUCAUCGCAACACUAUUCAUCACAACCAUCGGUACCACAGCAGUCAUCGCAACACUAUUUACCAGAACAUUUCAGAACUGUAUAUAACUGAACUACAUAAA